CUCACGAGCUACCGGAUGGGCGCGUUUUGCAACCGCCCACUCCGUAUCAUGCCGCGGCGAACCAAGGAGGACUAUAAAUCGAAGUGGAAGCGCUUCAUCUGCUACAUCUUCCAGGUCAUUACGCUAGAACCGCGGCAACGCCGGCAGAUAUAUAACGUGCCGUUACGCGCAGAUGACAUCAAGAUGAUGCGCUAUAUCUUAGGCCUCAGCGACAACGAGAGCGACAAUGAUGAGGAAGAAGAGGACGAAGAUAAUGAAGAUACUGAUGGCGAUGACGACAAAGACCGCUCACAGGACGAAGGCGAACAGGAAGACGACAAGAAGGAUCACAGCUCGGCUCAGUCUACUUUCCGCCCUCAUAAAGACGGGAUAAUGGCCUCGUCGACAAUAAUAUAUUUCACGGCGGUUAUGGGAGUCCACCGUUCCUCUCUAGCGUACCGUGACGCAUAUAACUCGACACCGGAUCUCGCAGCCCUCAUAUGGGUAGGGCGCCUAUUCUUCCUCGAGUAUAGCCUGCCGCUAUAUAGCUACGACACCCUCGCGUAUGUCUGGCCGGCCCGACGCACUUACCCAUCGCAGCCAGAACGUCUUGAGGCAAUCCGGGUAAAGUACAUGCUAAGAGGUUGUCAUUCCCCUCUUAGCGAGCUAGUCGAGCUAAAGGCUUUCGGAAAAAGCAUUAUUAGACAGGAAGGUCCUCGGGGUAACUUAACUUGGGCUCUAGACGGCCGCUCGUUCACGAUCGGUGACAACAAGGUAGUACGGCUAUCCAAGUUCUGCGCCACCUACCAAGCCGCAAUUGCACAAGAGCCUAUGGUCGACCUCUCCACGAUCCGCGACGACCUAACCUGCCGGCAGCCGGGCUGGUGCUUCCUCGAUAAACCGGAGAAUAACCUAGCGGGCACCUACAAGGCGAUGGCACGCCGCGCGUGGUCUUCCUCCUUCCGCGGCCAGGCCCUUGCUAAGGCAGGCCACUGGUUGCCCGGCCCGUGCCUGGCAUACCUGGGAGCGGGCGUGGAGCUUACCACGAUGGGCUUCUCCGCGUCCCACGUAACGGCGGGACUACCUGGCCGGGGCACCGAGACGACGAGUAUCCGGUUUCGAAACACAAAAUUAGCCAUCAGGAAUGUCUUCAUCCGCGAGGGACGGGUUAUCGUUAUCAUUAGCUACAACAAAGCUCGCGCCUUAAAUAACCACGUCUUUUAUGUCGUGUGCUACCUUCCGGAUGACCUAGACUCCUCUAUAUUCCUCUACCUGGCUUAUAUCCGGCUAUUCCUCGACUUCCUAGCGAACCAGCUCGAGCUACUGCAGUACUAUAGCAACGAGUUCCUCUUUCCGGACCCGAAGUAUAAGAAGAGGAGCCUAACCCAGGAUCUACAGACGCCGUAG